UACUUCCCUUCUCUGUCUAGUCUCUCUGUGUGUGUGUGUGUGUAAAUAUAAAGCCUAAACACGUACCAACAUUACUUUCAUCGUAAUCAUUCGUGUGUGUUGUCUCCAACAUGGCCUCGCUUCCACAACUUUCCAUUUCCCUUCUCCCUCUCUUCCUCUUAUUCGCAGUCACCGCCUUUUACUCCGUAGACUCGCAAUCCUUCGUCGGCGUCAACUACGGCCAAGUCGCCGAUACCCUCCCGUCGCCGGCUGCCACCGCCAACCUCCUCCGGUCAACAUCGAUCAAGAAGGUCAGGCUCUACGGUGCCGAUCCGGCGAUCAUCACCGCCCUCGCCAACACCGGCAUCGGAAUUGUCAUCGGCGCCUCCAACGGCGACAUCCCAGCCCUAGCCUCCGAUCCCAACGCCGCGACUCAGUGGGUCAAAUCGAACGUCGUCCCGUUUUACCCGUCCAGCGACAUAACCCUCGUAACCCUCGGCAACGAGGUCCUCACCGUCGGCGACGGGGCCCUGGCGUCGCAGCUCCUCCCGGCUAUGCGAAAUGUCCAGAAUGCCCUCGCCACGGCGGGGCUCGGAGGGAAAGUGAGGGUCUCGACGGUCCACGUGAUGUCGGUGCUGGGACAGUCAGAUCCUCCCUCUUCGGGUCGGUUCAGGCCCGAAUUGGAGGACACGCUCAGAGGAGUUCUGGCGUUUUUGAGGGACAACGGGUCGCCGUUCGCGAUAAACCCGUAUCCGUUUUUCGCGUACCAGAGCGACCCGAGACCCGAAACGCUGGCGUUUUGCCUGUUCCAGCCCAACUCGGGGCGAGUCGACUCGGGGACUGGUAUUAAGUACAUGAACAUGUUCGACGCUCAGGUUGAUGCUGUACACUCAGCUCUGAACUCUCUGGGAUUCAAGGAUGUUGAGAUCAUGGUUGCCGAGACAGGAUGGCCAUACCGCGGUGACAGCAACGAAGUCGGGCCAAGCGUUGAGAAUGCCAAGGCCUACAAUGGGAAUUUGAUUGCUCAUCUUCGAUCAAUGGUUGGUACACCAUUGAUGCCUGGAAAAUCUGUGGAUACAUACAUCUUUGCACUGUAUGAUGAGAAUUUGAAACCCGGUCCAGGGUCCGAACGGGCAUUCGGGUUGUUUAAGCCUGAUCUAACCAUGACAUACGAUGUUGGUCUGUCAAAUGCUAGGCAGGGUCCGUCAUCAUCAACGGUGAAUCCAUCUCCAAAUCCAACUGCCUCACAGUGGUGUGUGCCCAAGGCCGGUGUCUCCGAUGCUCAAUUGCAGACCAAUCUUGACUAUGCUUGCAGCCACAGUAUCGACUGUGGCCUGAUCCAACCAGGAGGCGCCUGCUUUGAGCCGAAUACUGUAGCAUCACAUGCUGCCUACGCCAUGAAUCUUUAUUACCAAACUUAUGGCAAGAAUCCAUGGAAUUGUGAUUUCUCUCAAACUGCAACAGUCACAUCUGCAAAUCCUAGUUACAAUGCGUGCAAUUACCCUGGUGGGAGUACUUAAUGGGUCAAGAGAUCUAGUAUGAUAUCAAGUAAAUGAUUUUUUUUUUCCAAGGUCAGAGAACAAGAAAUUUAUAAGGAAUAAGAUCUUUGUAUGGGUGUACCUAGUUUUCUUCUAUCCGGUGCUCUAACUGUAAAGAUUCCUACUCCAGUUUGAGAUUUUCUAUUCUAGUAGUUUUCGAUUUCUCCUUCAAUUUGGCAUAUCAUCCUAGACAGAAAGUAGAGAACUGUCUUUUCUUACUCUGAUAUGAUAAUAUUAUUGGUGCAAAA